GUUAUCAUUGGAUAUUUACCUUACCUGUAUAUGAUACAACGAAGACGAUACAUGACAAAAUGGCACAGGCGGCCUCUAAAACUUGUGAGAUUUGUGUAAGUGCUCCAGGAUCACAAUACUGUUUGGAGUGUGAACAGUACUUUUGUGAAAAUUGUAAAACGUUUCAUAAUAGACAGAAGAUAUCAAAAACUCACCAGUUCCAGUCUUCAACAGGCUCGAUCCCGGAAGGUAGAUCGAAAUGUAAAGACCACAAUGAAGACGUAAGCUUUGUAUGUAAUACAUGUAAUACAGCAGUAUGCAGCAGUUGUGUCACUGGAAGUCAUAAAGGACAUGAAUUUUCAAAGUUUAUCGACAGCAUAUUACAGCUGAAGGAGAAAAAUAAAAAUAACCUACGAAGAAAAGUUAAUGAGGAAACCCAAAACAUUAAACAGAUAGAAGAAGGUAUACAGGCAUUUGAUGUGAAUGUUGAAGAAGAAGUCAAAGCUAUUACAGAAGAAGGUUCAAGGAUAAAAGCUAUGGUUGAUAAAUGUAUCUCAGAGAUGAUUGCAUCGGUCAAGGAUCAAUCCAGGAAGGAAAGGAACAAAUUAACAAAUGUAUUUGCAGAUACUAAAGCUAAUUUGAAGACAGGAAGCGAUUUAGACAAGAAAACAGAUGAACUCAACAAGACCCGAAACGACGGAAAAUUGUUACAGUCUUUACAGCAGCUUACAGACAAAAUUGCAAAGCUGACGGUAAAGCCUAUACCUGAAUUUCCGAAAAUAAAGUAUACUGCUAAGUCCGCAACAGAUAACGACGUUAAACAGCUGUUUGGUAACUACAUAAUCAGAAAGGAUAAGAGAGCUGAUAUACGCUGGGGCAUCUGCGGUUAUCGAUGUUCAUGUGGCGGAUUAAUGGGUUAUGUCGAAACCAGUUAA